GCGUUUAACUUUAUUCGAAUUCAAAAUGUCGUCUUUUGCUUUCUUAUUCCUUUGCGUCCAAAUCUGUUUGGUUCAGAAUGUGUUCAGUCAAUGCUUGGGCGCUGGACCACUUGGCCCUGGUUAUGGUUACGGACCUGGUGUUGCUCCAACAGUUGCAACUGGCUUAGCUGGCCCUUAUGGCUUGGGGGCUGGUCUAGCAGCUUCACCGUUCGGCUUAGCACCAACCGCCCUUGAAUUGGGUGCUCCUGGACCAUACGGCUUCGCUCCAGCUGCUAUUGAAAUAGCGGCUGGAUAUGGUGGCACUGGUAUUGGGGAUGUUGCUGUUGCUGGUGAAAUGCCAGUCGCUGGUACCACUGUUGUUGCUGGACAGGUUCCCAUACUCGGCGCUGUGCGUUUCGCUGGUGAAUUGCCAGCCGCUGGGACCGUCUCCAUCGCUGGUAGUUGCGGAUGUGGUUGUGGCAGUCCAUACUAUUACUGAAAUUAUUUAUAAAAAACAUAU